AUGCCCAGCCCCUCGCCAUCUCCUGAACCAUUUCCGCGCCGAGCCAAGCGGGCGCCGUCGAGCGACUACGACCCGCCGGAGGACGAGGAUGAGGACAUCAAGCCCAAGAAGCAACGCAAGACCAAAGGCGGCGGCGGCGGCAAAGCCCCUCCCCGCGCCUGGACGGGCGAAGAGCUUGAUGCACUCUUCACCAUCGCUCUCGCGUCGGGCCCUAGCCGCGUCAACUUUGAAGGAAAGAUCGCGGGGCGUACGGGUUUACAGUGCCUCAAGACGUGGGAGAAUACCCUCCUCCCAUACCUGCACAAAAUGGCGCGCGAGAAGGGCGUGAAGAAGUGA